GAGUUCGAUGCUAUUCUGAAUGAAAGGAAACAAACCGUUCUCAUAUCGUUCGGUUCAGUAGCUAAAAGUAAGGAUAUGCCUGAAGAUCAUAAGAGAAUCCUUCUGUCAGUCUUUGAAGAAAUGAAAAAUGUCACUUUCAUCUGGAAAUAUGAAGAGGAUACAACAAUCGCAGACAAUUUGCCCAAUGUUCAUCUGGCCAAGUGGAUGCCUCAGAUUGCUCUUCUGCACGAUCCUCGUUUGAGUCUUUUCGUGACUCAUGGCGGUCUUGGAAGUACAACUGAAGUCGCUUAUCUCGGAAAACCAGCAGUGUUUAUUCCUUUAUUUGGAGAUCAACCAGCGAACGCUCUAAUGGCGGCACGAUAUGGAGGAGCAAUAGUUCUUGAGAAAACAUCACUGAAUAACAAAGAAAAAAUCAAAGAAGCCUUCAAUGAAGUUUUAUCAAACAGCAAAUAUGAAGAGAAUGCGAAGAAGCUCUCAGUAAUUCUCAACAAUAGCCCUUCUAAACCAAAGGAUAUACUUGUUAGGCAUAUCGAGUUUGCUGGAAGAGUUGGACGAAUACCUAAUUUGGAUUGUGAAGGAAGACACUUGAACCUAUUUCAGUACUUGUCAUUGGAUAUCUAUCUAACUGUCAUAGUCAUAAUACUUUUAGUGAUCUUCUUGAUAUAUAUUGUAAUAACUAAGAUAGUCAAAUAUUGUUCGAAUAAACUGAAAGUCAAAUCAGAAUAA